AAGAAAUAACAUUGACAAAUAGUUAGUUUUUGAUACAAAAUUUUUUCCGAUACAGAAUUUAACAACUUCACUAACAGAGAAGAGUCGCUCAACAAAAAGGAAUGUGCUGAAAAGAUACAGAAAGUUAAAAAUGCUUGCAAAUGCAAUUUUUAUCCUCAUCGGAACAAUUUUUUCAAAAUCUAGUUUAUGUGUUGAUUUAAAGCCAUUGGCCACCUGUUCAGGGGUCGCUUUAAACUGUGCAAGUUACUGUAACCAAUGUUUUCCAGGUGGAUGGUGCAUUCAAGAAAGUGGUGUAAAUACUGGUAGAUGUUUGUGCAACUAUGGUUGGACUGGAGCACUUUCUAGUUAUAUUAAAGACACAGUUGAUCCAGGAUGGGGGAAAAAUAGAAUAACAGCUUUAAACUGUAAUACUCCUUGUCAUUACACGCAUGAUUUAAGAAACAAAACAUGCGCUGCGGAACCUCAAAAAAAAUUGUGUAAUCCGUCCGUAUGUGAAAUAAAUAAACGUGGAAAAUGCGUCGAUGGUGUUUGCCAAUGUUGCAAAGGAUGGACGGGAGGUUAUGCACUGUACAAAAACGAUUAUUAUUAUACUGAUGGAGAUUUAUUAAACUGUAAUAUAUCGUGCCCUUAUCUUGGUCUUGGAGUAGAAAAUCCAAGUUGCAAAUCUCUCCCCUCACCUUCACCAUGCAAUUCUAAAUGUGUUGUUAAUGAUGGGGAAUGCGAUCAGAAAACUGGUCGUUGUCAUUGUUGUGAGGGUUGGACUGGGGAAAACGCUCAAUUUGAAAAUGACGGUAGAAUCUCUGUAGCUGGUUAUUGCAACGUAUAUUGUCCAUACAUCAAAACCUCAGACGCAAACAAACGUAACUGGUUAUGCGUUAAUCCCGAUUACAUCAGACGCUCAAUUAUCUAAAUAUUUUAAGUUGAGUAAAAAAUUUGUAUUUUCAGAUUUUAACUAUUUUUUAACAAAUUGUUUUUA